AGUUUUCUCACACCUGCCGCCACGACGGCUUGCGCUCCCUCGUAGAGGCGCUCUUGCCGUCUUCUCUGCGCGUCAUUCUGGACCAUUUACUCCUGCACCGAGCAUUUCGCCAUGGUCGAUGCUCGGCAUGGGGGAGGCGAAGUUCCAUCUACGAAAGUCGACAGUCCACCCGCCGCUGACGCGCGGCGACCUGGAGACUUCAAACUCGACACUGCUGCCGGUCUCAACGCGCCAGAUGAUAUGUCAUCUUCAAAAGCGCCCAGCAAGGCAUCUUCCACCAGAACGUCCACACCUGCAGCGGCAUCGCUGGAGGACGGCCAACCCAAUGGCUCACCAGCUCCCACCGAGCAGCCCCUGCAGUCGCAGCCCAUGAGUGCUACGGCAUCAAACUCGUCAAAUGCCGCCACCAAGGAGUCCACGGAAGCGCCUGCUGCGCCCUAUGGCACGCGCUCGCGCAACCGUCCGGAGCGCAAGUCGCGGGUCAAUUACGCGGAAGACGUCGAAAUGGACUUUGAAAUGGCGCCCGACCCAACCAACGGCAACAGCAACGGCAACGGCUCUGAACCGCCAUCGCGUGGCUCCGCGGCCACAGAGAGUGGGCAGGCGGCCGGUGCAGGUGGGAAGAAGGGUGCCGGCGCAGGCCAGGGCAAUGCGUCGUGGGGCGCUUCCGGACCCAACGCCAAAGACAUUCCGCCGAACGCCAACACGCCCGGAACAUCAACCUUGACUGCCAGCCCGGCGACCACGCCUGCACCCCAGCCGCAGCCAAAGCGACGCAAAAACGCGGCCAGUCACGCUACGACCCCAAGUCACGCAAAUGGAGCCGCGCCAAGCCAACCAGGCGCGAGGCGCGCGCAGAACGCGGUCGCGGCCGUCGCUAGCCCGCGCGAGACCAAUAUGCUAACUUUUGAGAAUUCAGGCGCACGCCUCAAGGAUGGCUGCCUCGUUGCGGACGAUGGCCAAACUGUUGCAAUCAAUGAUCAAGUCUAUCUCGUAUGCGAGCCACCCGGCGAGCCUUACUACUUGUGCCGGGUUAUGGAGUUCCUCCACGCCAACAGCGACCCCUUGCAGAAGGUCGAAUCGCUCCGUGUGAACUGGUAUUACCGCCCUCGGGAUGUGCAGCGAUACAACAAUGACACACGCUUGGUGUACGCGACCAUGCAUUCAGACCUAUGUCCCUUGACCUCACUCCGCGGAAAGUGUCAGAUCUCGCAUCGGAGCGAGAUUGACGACCUAGAUGACUAUCGGAAGACGAAAGAUAGCUUCUGGUACAACCAAGUCUACGACCGCUUCAGCCACCGGUGGUACGACGUAAUUCCUACCUCGCAGGUCAUCAACGUGCCGGACAAGGUCAAGAAGGCCUUGGACGAGCGCUGGAAAUAUAUUUGCCUCGAGACCAGUCGCGUCAAGGAACUCACAAGCGCCGUGAAAUCGUGCAAGCGCUGUGUUGGGUUCUGUGCCACCAAUGACUCGGUACAAUGUGCCGUCUGUCACAAUACAUAUCAUAUGACUUGUGUUCGACCGCCUCUGCUCAAGAAACCCUCCCGCGGAUUCGCAUGGGCUUGUGGACCCUGCAGUAGGGCGCAGGAGAAGAAACUCGAAGCCAGGCGAACUCCACUAUUAGGCUCUGGUAACGAUGAAGGCGAAGAUGAGGAGAUGGUUGAGGAAGAGGAAGAGGAGGCGAAUGUGGAGACCACUGCUCCCAGUCCUAACGACUCUGAGACACAGAUCGACCAUCAUCCUGGUACCCAAGCGGAAAUCGCCCUAGCAAAAAUGUGGCCCAUGCGCUAUCUAGGUAUCCACUGUCGCAUCGAAGAUGCGCUGCAGUACGACGACCGAGCCAUAUAUCCACGGGCUAGUUCCCGACUAGGACCUCGCCACCAAGCUAACGUGAACGUGUGGCAUGGACGACCGGUAGAGCUGGUGAAGCCAAUUGAGAUUAAGAAACGCUAUGUCAAGGCUGCUGGCCACAAGAAGGACACAAAGCUGUCCAAAGAGACUGUUGCAGCCAUCGAAGCGGAUAAGGCAGAAAAAGCGAAACGACCGAAAUGGGUGAUGGAUGAGCCGCCUGGGUAUGUUCGACGUGGCGAGGACUACCCCAACAAAGAUUCUAAAUGCACUGCUGAGCUCACUUUCAAGAUGCCACCUCUCGGUGUGCAUUCUACGAGGGGCGAAGACGAUGCAUCUAGCAUCACGCCCGAACAGGUUGAGGGUUACAUGACACGUGCAAGGGGGUUCGCAAAGAGCCACGUUGGCGUUGAGCCGUUCAACACGAACUUCUUGACUAGGUGUCUCGCUCUCCUUACCAAGCAUCAAUACGACGUCGAAGCAGCACUCAAGGCCGUAAAGAAGAUAGACAAGCGCAAAGACCUCAAAGAGCCGGAGCUGACCAAAGAGGAAGAGAAGAAGUGGAACGAAGGUGUCAGCAAGUAUGGCUCGGAAAUACGAAGUGUGCGCCUACAUACGAGUAAGACAAUGCAAUAUGGAGAUGCUGUGCGGUACUACUACAUGUGGAAGAAGACACCCAAGGGAAAGGAGAUUUGGGGGUCGUAUAGCAACCGCAAGGGGAAGAGCAAGAAGACCGAGGUCGAUCCUCAAUCCAGGCUCGUCGACGACAUCGCUGAUGAUCAGGAUGACUCCGCCUUUGACAAUGAGAAAGCUGUGCAGCGGAAGCGCAAUUUCCAAUGCAAAUUUUGCAACAAUCGACAUUCACGCCAAUGGCGGCGAGCACCGGGUGCUUCGCCAGGGCAGACUGUAACCGCAGAUGGCAGGACUAGCAAAGACAGAGCGAAUGGCUAUAUUGUCGCAUUAUGCCAACGAUGCGCAAACCUUUGGCGAAAGUACGCAGUCAAAUGGGAGAACACGGAAGAGAUUGCACGGAAGGUCGCUCAGGGAGGAGGUAAGGCUUGGAAACGACGAUUCGAUGAGGAGCUCCUACGUGAGGUCUACGCAGCAACAACAAACCCUGCACCAAUGAAUGGUCUCGUGGAUUACGUCGAACCUCCGGCUGCUACGGUGCAAGCAACGAUAGAGCAGCCACCGAAGAAGAAGCAGAAGACCGCUGUCGUUGGAGCUGCUGAUAGUGGCACCUCUACCCCGUUAUCCGAAGCGGCUUCCAAGAAGAAGGAGAAGGAAAAACCCAUCGCGCCGCCAAAAGCUCCCACACCACCUCCAGUUCCGGCGCAGCCACGACUGAGGGUGUUGCCGUGCGCUGUCUGUCGACAAACCGAGGGUGCACGGCUGGAAUGUGCUGCAUGCCGAAUGAAUGUCCACAAGACCUGCUAUGGAAUCGAAGACGUUCGCCAAGCCAACAAAUGGUAUUGCGAUACGUGCAAGAAUGACAAGAAAGAAAGCGUUUCAUAUAACUAUGAGUGCGUUCUGUGCCCUCUGCGCACGACUGAACCAGAUCUCUACGAACCUCCCAAGAUUUCCCAUAAGAAGAAAACCGACAGAGAGCGGGAAAAGGAGCGCUUAGAGAAGGAGCUAGUAGAAAAGGCUAGGGACGAAUAUCGCGUCAGACAGCUGGAGAAAGGCAGGCCUGUAGUACCCCGAGAGCCGCUGAAGCGCACCGCCGACAACAAUUGGGUGCACGUCUACUGCGCUCUAUGGCACCCGGAAACCAAGUUCAGCAGCGCAGUCCGUCUCGACAUGGUUGAAGGUAUCGGCGCACCUACCUUGAGGUACGAUGCGAUGUGCAAGCUAUGCAAGAGCAAAGACGGUGCUUGUGUCACUUGCCAGCAAUGCCAUGCCAAUUUCCAUGUUGGAUGUGCGCACAACGCGGGCUAUACUUUUGGCUUCGACAUGACACCUGUCAAGGCCACGCGACGAGACACUGUGCCUACAGUCACGCUCAACGGGGAGACGGGUACGAUGAUGGCCGCGAUCUGGUGCAAGGACCACACACCAAAGACCGUAGUCCAUCCGAUGUACGAAGAAGUGGAGGGUACUGACAUGACCGCUCUCCAGCUAUUUGCUAGGGAGUUCAAACAGGCUGAUCUUACGCUUACGGGCACUGCACGUAAGGCUAACCUUGUCGACCAAUCUACACGGGUGGUAGUGCCGCCAGUGCCAACUCCAGCACAAAUCAAUCGUCGAACCUCCACCGCCACGACACAAACCCCGACAUCUGCUCGCGGGCGUCUUUCGAACGCUGGGCUUGUCAUGAAAGAAGAAGAGCCCCCAGAACCAGCUCCGACAAAGAUCAAACCAGAGCGGAGAUGCGUACGAUGCAAGAUUGACGCAAGUCCCCGCUGGUGGAAAGUGGAAGAGACUGUACCGCCUGAGCAGAACGGGGUUCGCAUUAUGAACGGCCCACUAGCAGCAAAUGGUGUAGAGUCAAGCUCGCGCCAACUGUCAGAUCAUACAUCACAUCCAGACCACCCUGAAUCGACCAACGGUGCUAUCGAUCAUCCUAUGCCGGACGCGCCGCCUGUCGCUGUCCACGACCAGCCGGCUCGUCUUCGAGUGAAAACCGACGUUCGUAGCGCAUCAUCUGCCUCUUACCUUUGCCAGAAAUGCCACUGGAAAAAAUUGAAUGCGCCAGACGAACCCGAAGAACGCGAGCGGUCGGUGUCUGUACACCCGGAAGCCGCACAGCUCCCGCUGCGGUCUCCUCCAGUGCAAGCUUUCGUGGCUCCGCCUCCACCAUCUGCACUUGGAGGACCUUGGGCGCCACCACCGCAACAACCACCCCCACUAUCUCACUGGCAUAACGGUGGACCUCCAGGACCUCCUCCACCUCACAGCCUACAUAACGGCAUCGGUCAUCUGCCGCCGGGAUCUAUGGGACAUGCGCCUCCUUUCCAUGCACCGUAUAAUCCAACUCAUCAGACGAACGGCUACCCAGCGUACUCUGCACCUCCGGUUCAUUCUCACAUUCCUCCUGCACCUCUCCGAGGUCCAUACGUGCCACCGCAUCAUCAUAAUGGACCUCCUCCAUUACACUUAACAAACGGUGGAAUGAUGGUUAAUGGUAUGCAUUCACCUCGAGUGCCUUACUCACCAACCCACGUACAUGGUCACAACUCAUCGCGCUCUACUGAGAGUCCCUACAAUGCGCCGCCACAGUUACCAUACCCUCCGAUUCAUCACGGCAGUCCUCCAUCUGGUGGAGUACCAGCCUCGAGGGACGCUCCGGCAGUCACGGCACCACCGCCGCAACCACCGCUGGAGCGCGUCAAUACGGGAGCUAGUGCAUCUCCUUCAUUGCGCAAUCUCUUGCACUAGAACGUAUCUUCACCGAAACUCUACCCGGUACCAUAGCUAGGGAGAAACAUUUCAAGAGACUGUGCAGCGAGCGAGCAUGGCAGUACUUGAAGUAACAUUGUGGGAUCUUAUGGCGUAGUGACGGUGCUUUAUUUGGUGCCGUUGGACCGGAUCAGAGGCGUCCGGAAAAGAUACCAUCACAUUUGUUUGCUUGGUUCGUUUUCCACUUGCAUUGCGUUGGACUGAGCGGAUGUUUGACCGCUCGACUGUAUGUUUAGAAACU